UUGGUCAUUUGUUCAAUUUCAUUUCAGGCCACACCAACUGAGGACAUAGAAAAGGAUAAUGCAACAUUCCUGACAAAAUUGAUUCUCACAGGACUCACAUAUGAACCACAGUGGCAAAUUCCCCUGUUCCUGUUGUUCUUGGUUAUCUAUCUUCUCACCAUUGUGGGGAACCUUGGGCUGAUUGCUCUCAUUUGGAAUGACACUCAGCUUCACAUCCCUAUGUACUUAUUCCUUGGGAGUCUGGCAUUAGUGGAUGCUUGGUUAUCAUCCACAGUAUCCCCCAAGAUGCUAGUCAACUGCUUUUCUGAGAGCAAGAUGAUCUCUCUCUCUGAAUGCAUGAUACAAUUCUUUUCCUUUGCAAUCAGCGUAACCACAGAAUGUUUUCUGCUGGCAACAAUGGCAUAUGAUCGGUAUGUGGCCAUAUGCAAACCCUUACUUUAUCCAGUGAUUAUGUCCAAUACACUAUGCAUCCAGCUGAUACUUUUGUCAUUUUUAGGUGGCCUUCUUCAUGCCAUAAUUCAUACUUCUUUUUUAUUCAGAUUAACCUUCUGCAAUUCCAUCAUAGUACAUCACUUUUACUGUGACAUUAUACCAUUAUUUAAGAUUUCUUGUACUGAUCCUUCUAUUAAUUAUCUGAUAGUAUUUAUUUUCUCUGGGUCAACACAAGUAUUUACCAUUUUGACUGUUCUUGUGUCUUACACACUAGUUCUCUUUACAAUCUUAAAAAAGAAGUCUCUACAGGGCAUAAAGAAAGCCUUCUCCACCUGUGGAGCCCAUCUUUUAUCUGUGUCUUUAUACUAUGGCCCCCUUCUCUUCAUGUAUGUGUGCCCUAGAUCUGCACAAACAGAUAAUCAAGAUAUGAUGGACUCUCUAUUUUACACUAUUAUAAUUCCCGUGUUAAACCCAAUGAUCUAUAGCCUGAGAAAUAAGAAAGUCAUAGAUUCACUGGGAAAAAUGUUAAAGAGAAAUGUUUAG